AUGUCAGCGGCAGCAUACUUCCUAGGGGUCGUCGGUUCCAAAGAAAUACGUGCCGAGGAUAUCUCUUUGGUUGCGUGGACUGGGAAUGAUAGGUACGGAGACCGUGUGCCGAGUGAAGUAGGUAUCUCGGCAUCGGGAAACAGGUGGAGCUGGGGUUUUCUCGAUCCCAGCGCGACCGGACUUACGUUCAAGUUUCUGAGGCGAGAGCUCGAACAACCCUGGAGUUCUGAGACGGAGUUUCGAAGCCUUGUCGAGGAAGCUCUCGCCGUUUCCAAAUAUUACGGGCAAACAUUGGGCAUUAUAAAGAGACCAGACGGCAGCAGUCCAGCAUUCCCAGCUCAUGUGACCAAAUCGGGCCACGAUCUCGUCGUUUACUUUCUCCACGGCAUCGCCGAAGCUAUCAAGACGGAUGUUGCAAACCGUUACGAUUGGAAUGUGAUCACUAAAAUGCCUAUCGACUUGAUGGUGACCUAUCCUCCGCUUUGGCCGGCAAGAUUUAAGCAUCGCCUCUUCCAAGUCGUGGAACAGUGUUUCUCGCGGCAACUGUUCCCAAAACUGCGAGACAUCUACUUUGUCAAGGAGCCCGAGGCGGUCGCGGCUUGGAUGGUCGUAAAGCACGAACAGAUGCUUGGGUGCCUUCCAGCUCGCAAGAUGAACGAGGAAUUCAUCAUCUUCCAUGUUGACGAUGCUACCGCGACCGCCAUCCCCUAUUCGGUGGCUGAGAAGCCGUCUGUAACAGGACUUAUGGUCGUUCCAAAUUAUACAUACAUGUCCCACGUAACAUGCGGCUAUUCCGUCGUGGACCGGCAGUUUGAGGACGGGAUCCUUCCUUUGCACCUGGACAAUGAAAGCAUGGAGAAGCUUCGAACAGAGCGUCACAGCCCAGAGAUCGCCAAAUUGCUGCAUGAUUUCAAGGAUAUCAGAGCCUGGUUUUCCGAGGAUAAGGAAUACAUUCCGCCUAUUAUAAUUUAUGGCUUAUCACCAAGAAUUCCCGAAGAGGAAAGUAUAUGGUAUGACGAGAAUGAGUGGGACCUCAAAUUAUCCAGAGAAGAACUCAGGAGCCUAUUCAAGCCAUCCGUCGACGCUGCAAUUACACUCCUCAAGAGGCAAAUCGAGCUGAUCGAGUUACGCCACCACAUUACAACGACUGUCAUUAUGACAGGAGAUAUGUCAUAUAAUCCACACUUCUUUCGGGAAAUAGGCGACUUUCUCCAUCGCGCAGGUGUACGCCCUUGGCGAACAGAUAACAGGAACGAAGACGCUGUGCAGGGUGCGGUUCUCCUGGGCCUUGGUCUGGGAGACUCGCUGCUCACCUCUGUUGCGCCCGUCGCCAAAACAUUUCACCACUAUGGCGUCGCUCUAUGCGAGCCUUUCGAGCCCCUAACCCAUGAAAUAGAUGAUCAGUUCGCACAUCCAGUCUCCAAGCGUGACAUGGCAGCCGGCCAGAUCAAGUGGAUCGUCGAGAAGAACAGCCCCAUAUUCCCCGAUGAACCCCGGGUGGAGAUACUUGAACUUUCCCGCUUGUUCUCGGACAAAGACUUCUCACAACCCAACAAGUCAAGGAUCGUGUUUGUGGCUUGCAAGUCGGCCAUACCUCCUUCUCGCCUGGCUGAGCUCACUGCGGCUGAUGGCACCAUAUUCAACUUAGAUUACGAGCCGUCCGAAAUCCCCAGCAAUCAACGAGAGUCCUCUAAGCUCAAAAUCCCGGGGAAGAUGCGACAGGCAAAGUCUGUCAGAAGCCGAGUCUUGUUGACGGCAUCCAUCGGAGACGAAGUGGAGGUUGGCGUCUCAAGUGGUGGGCGCAGCUUGGUCCAGAAGAAGCUUGAUAUCAUCCCGUGA